AGACAAUAGACCACAAAAUACCUGUGUAAGUUCAGAAAAAUUAGUCUUUUUUUCUUUCUCUUACUGUUUAGUAAUGCGAUAUUUUCGUCCGUUUGAAAGUUAUGUUCUUUUUUUGUUACAAAAGCAAUUUGUAAAGUGCCCCAUCUCAACCCGCCCAGUCGAAAAAAUAAUUCUUGCAGGCAACGCAUGCCAUAUGUUUGCCUAGAAGUAUCUGGACAGCAGAGACAGUAGGAGACAUAAUAUCUGUGUGAGUUCAGAUAAAUUAGGUUUUUUCUGUCUUUCAGCAAUUUUUUCGUUUUUUGAAAUUUAUGACUUUUUCGGUGACAAAAAUGAAAACAUUAAGUGCACAAACUGUCCCAUCUCAACCCAUCCAGCCGAAAAGGUAACUCUUGCAUGCUAUGCAUACCUAUGUCUAAGAACUGGUGUUGUGGUUAGUCUGGAACGCACACAAUGCAAACAAACACUAGAUAGCAGAGUCCUAGACAAACAAAUAUCUUCCCGUUACAUGAUAGCUAAAUCCAUUAUGAUAAUUGGCAGCUACUUCUAGAAAAGCCAAAAAGAGAUUAUCACAAGGCUUCAUUGUUUCAAGCUGAUUUCUGCGAAAUAGUUACUCUCCUCGCUCACAUUUGACGAACAAAAUGGAUAUCAAAACGUUGCUACAUGAUCUUCGUGAAGAAGUGUCAUGUCCUAUCUGUACUAACAUCUACACGAACCCAAAACAGCUCCAAUGUUUGCACAGUUUCUGCCUCCAGUGCUUGCAGCAAUGGUACAGAACAAGUCAUGGCCGAGACACAAUCAGAUGUCCGAAAUGCCAAGCUCUAAACAAAGUGCCGGAAAGUGGCGAUCUGAAAGAUCUACCAACCAGUUUUUACCUGAACGGCCUGAUUAAUGUGUUAGCCAUUAAAGAAUGUAACAACAGUCAAGUACAGUGUGGAAAUUGCGACAAGAAAAGCUCCGAGACAUCUUAUUGUUUCCAGUGUUGCAUAUUUUAUUGCCAACAAUGCGUCAUUGGACACAACAUCAUGCGAAGCAACAAAGAUCACCGUGUUCUGGCGCUCAAGGAUUUUCAAGAAAAGGACUUUGAAGAUGUGAUGAAACGACCCAUGUACUGCUCGAAACAGCGGCACGAGAAGGAAGAACUGAAGUACUUCUGCAAGGAUUGUACUAAGGCGGCUUGCCACAGCUGUGUCGUGUUAUAUCAUGCGGGUCACGCUAUGGUGCACCUAGACGAAGAAGCUGAAAAACAAAAGAUCCAAAUGAACUCAUUGAUGGAAACAAAGAGGAGUGAUUUACAAGCAAAAAGAAACAUUGUACGACAACUUGAUGAGGAUUACGCAAAAAUUAAACAAACAGGAGAAGACUUGGAGCGAGAAGUACAGGAGUUUGUGGACAAUUUGUUUGCAACUGUUGAAGCGAAGAAACAAGCCAUUUGUGAAGCAGUGAAGAGAGAAACGGGGAAAUCGCUCGAAAUUAUUGCAAGGCAGAAAACGGAGAUAGAACGUCAAAUUGACUUAACCGAAUUAUCGUUGGAGAAAGCUGAUAAACUGAUGAUACGAAGUACAAACGCUGAAGUCGUUCUCCUAAUGAAAUCAUUAGAGACAAUGUUUCAGCGAGAUGAUCAAAACCAACCAGUGGACCUCGACUUAAAAAACCCUCCUUUUUUAGCUUUUGUUGAGAAUCGUAAGCUACGGAACACUAUUGAAGGCGACGGAAUUGGAUCUUUGCGAUUAGCACACCAAACAAAAGCAAACCAGUCCGUUGCUGAAGGUAAAGGACUUGGAGAAGGAUUUGUUAACCAUAUAGCGCAGUUUACUUUAACUACAAGAGACGCCGAACGAAGACAGUGUUACAAUGAAGAUGAUCACGCAACGGUGGAGAUCAUGGACGAACAUGGACGAGAAUGCGUGACGGCAGUCCAAAUAAAGGACAACAAAGAUGGACUCUAUCAGAUCAGCUAUUUUCCCAGAGUUUUAGGAAGGUUUAGAGUAACAGUAAAGGUAAACGGAGAACAUGUUCAAAACAGCCCUUUUACUAUAAUAGUAAAACCAUUUCAGUUCAAAGCCGUGUUGUCUUUCGGAAAGAGUCCUUGGGGAGUAGCAGUGAAUGCCAGGGAUGAAAUAGCUGUAACUAAUUCCCUUGACAACAGAGUUGAAAUUUUUAACAAGAAUGGAAAUUACUUGAGAUCAUUCGGUAGGGAAGGUCACAUGGCGGGAGAGUUUAAAUAUCCGAGGGGAAUAGCAUUUCAUAAUAACGGGAAUAUUUACGUGGCCGACCGGAAUAACCACAGAAUCCAGAUUUUUAGUGGGGAGGGUCAGUACGUGAGCAGUUUUGGUGAGAAAGGAAACCUUGAUAGUCAGCUUAAUUCUCCUUUGGGCUUAUCGGUAGACAGUAAUGGAAACAUUAUUGUCGCUGAUACAGGUAACAAAAUGAUUAAGAUCUUUUCUUCUGAUGGCACGUUUCUUAUGCAGAUAGGUGGACAGAGGGCUUUUACUUGUCCCAUCCACUGUGUCCAGUACGAUACAUAUCUCAUAGUGUCGGACAGAAAUGAACAUUGUAUUAAAGUUUAUGACAGGGACGGAAACUUUCAGUACAAGUUUGGAAAGGAAGGCGAACGAGACGGUAAGUUUUAUUAUCCCGAAUGUUUGUCAGUGAACAAGUCAGGACAUCUGAUGGUAUGUGACUCAUAUAAUCAUAGAGUACAAGUAUUUGAACUGAAUGGAAGAUUUCUCAGUAAGUUUGGAACUAAAGGUGGCAAUUUAGGAGAAUUCAAUGGUCCAAGGUCUCUGGCGGAUCUUUCUAAUGGGCAAAUUGUUGUCGCCGAUGAUGGAAACGAUCGUAUUCAGAUAUUUGAGUAAAAUAUAAUCAGUAAAGAAAAUUGAUUUGAUUUCUGUUUCAAAAAUGUAUUGGUGAAAUAGUAGUAAAAAUGACGGACGUGGCUCUAUCAACAAGUGUGUAGAAUGAAGUCUAUCUUUUAGUCAGCCCCGUUGGUAAUUUAGUCAGAUAAUUAACACAUUACUCUUUUGAUGUGAUAACUACAUUUCGACUUGCUUGUUGUUCAGAUCCUGCCGCAUAAUAUUCAAUGUUUUAUUUCUAACUUUAUGAGUACAGAGCUCGUCAGUUUCCCUGUUAAAAAAUUAUUGUAUUUUGAUAUUUCUCUCUCUAAGAUUUGAGGUCGGAUGGGUUGACAAACUUAACGUUAAAUUCUGUUGAAGGAGGUACUGUGUAACUUUUGUGUUCUCGGGUAUUGCCUCCUCUUUUAUCGAUAAAAUUUCCUUUACGUAAACGGAGGCGAAAGGCGAAGACGUCAUAUUACUUUUCGGCUGUUCGAAAGCGAAUGGUUCUUGGGUGAAUACCCACGACCUAACCAAUCAGCACGCUGGAAAAGUAAUAUUUACACAUACUGAUCGUAAUCAUAUACUUGGACCGGUGCUACUUUUUAUCAUAAAGAAAUGAUAGCUAGGUAUGUAGAUAAUGCCUAUCUAGAUGCUAAGAGAACGAGUUAUACCAAAGAAGUGCAUUUAAUCUAAGUUCAUGGAAUAGUUUAGAGGAAACGUCAGCAAUACAUGAUAAGUUGAAAAUUAAUUGCUCUAGAUCUCCAAAAAAUGUUUGUGGUUAUGUUUUCUAUGUAAGCGUUAGCUUCCAUAUUCUUCAAUAUUGACAUAUUGUAAAGAGAUAUUAUUCGAAUUAAUGUAGUCGCUUUAUUAUUUAUUAACGAAUGUUUGUAUAAGUCUUUUUGAU